UCGCCAAGAACACGCACUAGUGUGUGCUUUCAGGGAGUGAUUAAAGAGAUCGGAAACAAGAAACAUUCACUGCUGAGUUUGAAUUUGAAUGGGAGUUCGAACAACAAAGUCAAUGAGUGUGUGAGUGUGGGAUUGAUUCGAUGUUGGUCCAACAAGAUAAUUUAACCCCCAAUCUCAAAUCAUCAUCACUACCAAGAACCAUUCAUCCAAAUCGGUUUUCCCCAUCUAAAUCACUCGAUUUCUCCACUUGGGUUUCCCAAAAUCUCUACAAGAUCGCCACCGUUGCCAUCCUGAUCGCCACCGUCGCAGCCGUAUUCUUCCUUCGUAACAUCGGCGACUCCGCUACAUUCUUCUGCUUCCAAUCAGAAAUUCAACAACUCGAAACCAUCCAUUUCCCCCAAAUUAGUUAUGAUUCCAUCGUACCCAUCACGGAUAACACCACCCCUUACUCAAGAUUCAGAUCAGACCAGUGGAUUGUGGUUUCAGUAUCGGAUUAUCCAUCGGAUUCGCUUAAGAAGCUGUUAAACAUCAAAGGAUGGCAACUUCUGGCCGUCGGAAACUCAAAAACUCCUACUGAUUGGAGUCUUAAAGGUACUAUCUUCUUGUCCCUUGAAGAUCAAGCCAAAUUAGGGUUUAGGGUUGUUGAUUACUUGCCUUACGAUUCAUACGUUAGAAAAACUGUGGGCUAUUUGUUUGCUAUCCAACAUGGUGCCAAGAAAAUCUUUGAUGCUGAUGAUAGAGGAGAAGUGAUUGAUGAUAAUAUCAGCAAGCAUUUUGACGUUGAAUUAGUAGGUGAAAAUGCUAAAAAAGAGAUCAUAUUGCAGUAUAGCCAUGAAAACCCUAACAGAACUGUUGUAAAUCCUUAUAUCCAUUUUGGUCAAAGAUCUGUUUGGCCAAGGGGAUUGCCAUUAGAGAAUGUAGGCGAAAUCGAGCAUGAAGAAUACUACAAUGAGGUGUUUGGUGGGAAUCAGUUUAUUCAACAAGGGAUUUCAAAUGGUUUACCAGAUGUUGAUUCGGUUUUCUACUUCACAAGAAAACAGAAUCUUGAACCAUUCGAUAUUAGAUUCGAUGGACACGCACCAAAAGUUGCAUUUCCUCAAGGAAUAAUGGUACCCGUGAAUUCUUUUAAUACAAUCUUCCAUUAUUCGGCGUUUUCAAGCUUAAUGCUUCCUGUUUCGAUUAGUUCAAUGGCUUCUGAUGUGUUAAGGGGUUACUGGGCACAACGGAUUUUGUGGGAAAUAGGUGGUUUUGUUGUGGUUUAUCCUCCCACAGUCCACAGAAAUGAUACAAUUGAAUCAUACCCAUUUGCAGAAGAGAAAGAUCUUCAUGUGAAUGUGGGCCGUUUGAUUAAGUUUUUGGUUUCUUGGAAAACCGAUAAGCAUAAUUUGUUCGAAAAGAUACUGGAAUUGAGCUACGCCAUGGCCAAAGAAGGGUUUUGGUCAGAAAAAGAUGUGAAGUUCACCGCUGCGUGGAUUCAAGAUUUGAUUGCUGUUGGCUAUCUGCAGCCACGAUUAAUGGCACUAGAAUUACACAGGCCAAAAGGAGGUAUUAAUCAUGGGGAUCGAAAGGAUUUUGUACCUCAAAAACUACCAUCCGUUUAUCUUGGGGUCGAGGAAACAAGUACAGUAAAUUAUGAAAUAGGGAAUUUGGUUCGGUGGAGAAAGAACUUUGGGAAUGUUGUUCUUAUAAUGUUCUCUAGUGGACCAGUUGAACGAACUGCUUUGGAAUGGAGAUUGCUCUAUGGAAGGAUAUUUAAGUCUGUAAUUAUCUUAUCGGAUAAGAAGAAUCCCGAGCUUAUGGUUGAAGAAGGUCACCUGGAUCAUCUAUACAAGCAAUUUCCAAGAUUGUUUGAUAGAUUCGCAAGUGCAGAAGGGUUUCUGUUUCUUCAGGACAAUACAGUUCUUAAUUACUGGAAUUUGGUACAAGCAGACAAGACCAAGCUCUGGAUAACGGACAAGGUAUCGAGAUCUUGGAGCACUGUUCCAUUUGAUGGCAACAAGGAUUGGUACGGAAAACAAGCAGAGAUGAUCAAGAAAGUCGUGAGCUCAAUGCCGGUACAUCUCCAGGUCAGUUACAAGGACCAUACAAAGAACCAUGACUCUACCCUGACGGUUUGUAGUUCCGAGGUGUUCUAUAUCCCUCGAAGGCUCGUGGUUGACUUCAUUGACCUCGUAAAUCUUGUGGGCGAUCUUGAUAUCCACCAGAAAGUUGCCAUUCCUUUGUUCUUUGUAGCAAUGGAUUCCCCUCAGAAUUUCGAUUCGGUUUUUAACACGAUGGUUUUUAAGCGAAAACCGGCUUCAAAUACGAGUUUGAGUUUCUAUUCUCCUGAAGCACCUGCGGUUCACCCGUUGCGUGUUUCGAAUGAGCAAGAAUUCAUAAAGCUUAUUAGAGCAAUGGCUGCUGGUGAUCCUCUUUUACUGGAUGUGGUUUGAGAUGGAUGAUAGGAUUGCAUUAGGGGUUGUACUUUUGGCUGCAUUCUUUGUACCAUUCUUUUUUAGUGAUGAUUGUGGUUCUUGGGUGAAUUCUUGCUGGAGAUUUGGGUGUUUUUAUAGUGUGAAAAAGGAGGGGGAAAUGCAGGAAAAUGUGUAUUAACUAGUUUAGAGUGAAAUACAUAAAGGGUCCCUUGUCUAUCA